UAAUUGCUAGUGACUUUUAAUAAAUCUUAAACCAAAGCAAACUCCACUGUAAAACGGAAAUAUCCGUUAUACCACGAGAAGAUGACAACACACCGGUACACCGGACACUUCAGCACACACGCCCACGCCCGCACAUGUCGCACGCCAUCAAUAUUCCGCCAGUAAACACAAAUGUCCGGGCAACGCGUCCGGACCUUCGACCAAACGUGACACAUGGCUAUGUACUAUUAUGCUAGUAAAAUAUCGGCAAUCGCUUGUGGUACACGUUGCAGACAAACAGUGUUACAGAAGUCGCGCGGACAACGUGAUCGCGAUAAAUAUGUCACGGCGGACGAUGACAACGGCGCUGGCGGCUGCGUGGGCGCCACUGCCGCCACUAUGGAUGAGCAUGGCAAUGUGGUUGUUGUCGCUGAUGGUGCCGGCAGCGCUGGCAACGCAGGUAUGACCAUAUACACGACGGCGGCGGAGAGCGCUCUCGCGACGUCGACUCCCGGUGACGGUGUGCGUCAUCGCCGUAGGCACAGCGAACAAUUGGACGCGUACGAUUUGGAGUUGGGGUUUCAGAAGCUCGAGGUUUCAUUGGCAAAAUCAACAAAAAACACAUUCACCGGUUAUGGCGUCGGCAGCGCCAAUAUGGAUGCUGACAUUGUACAAUAUGACAUACCGAAAAACUCUUACAAACGAGCCAAUACGGACAUCAAUUACGAGAGCUCCGUAUUGGGAUCCGGUGGUAUUAUGUAUAUAAAUGGUAGAAUAGUUUCUGGACCCUUAGACUCACUGAUAGAAGUCCUAGUGCCAAAAAAUCGCAUAGAUUUCGAUAAGGAAUUUAUAUUCUCAUUUUUAUUAUCGUCACGUUUAUUUUUACGACCCCAUGAACUGCUUGGCAAAUUAUUAUCCUCGGUACCUGAUAGCGGGUCGUUAGAAUCAUUAGUCGCAUUACUAGCCGAGUGGACGCAAAAGUUCCCCUACGAUUAUCGCGACGAACGUAUGAUGGGCCAUGUUAAACAUAUCGUUGCCAGAUGUUCCAAUACAAAUCUAGAAGGUGUAGUUUCCGAAAUACUGAGUGCCUUGUUGAAACAAUUGACUGACUUGGAAAGACAUGAAGAAGAUCUACGCGCUUGUCAAAGUACAACUGAAAAGCCUGAACACAACAAAUUAGACUGCCCGACCGCUUCACAAUACGCACAAAUUCUCUGUCGGCUGGAGAAAAAGUUGGCAAAGCAAAUUGGCCCCGAAGAGUUUCUGCAAUGCAGCAGUAAUGUGCUGCUCGACAAACAGAAAAAGUGGGACCAACCGAGCACGUCCGGCGGCCCACCCGGCGUCCAGGAUCCGAAGAAAACGUGCAAUUUGGAAACCUACCUGGAUUGGUCGGCACGUCUGCGCCUCUUCGUAUGCAAUGAAAUAUUACAGUGUAUCGGCAUACGUGAUCGCAGUAAAACGGUGGAACUCUGGAGUGGUGUCGCGCAGUACUGCCUGCUUGUGGGCAAUUAUAAUAGUGCCACAGCAAUACUCGAGUCACUGGAGUCGCCGCCCAUAGCGAGACUGAAAAUAACGUGGAGCAAAUUGCAAAUGACGUGUCAGCAAUUGGAUUGCAUGCAACGACAUGCUGAGGGACAUGGCGAUUUGUGGCACAAGCAAGCCAGCAUUCUGAACGAGAGUCAUCAAAAGACUGAUACAACUGCCGCUGCUGCUGCUGCGGUCUGUCGUGCAGCGAGUACACCAGCAGCAACAACAACGGUAGCAGCUGCAACAACAGACUGCGCACUGGACAGCUUGGUAACGGGCGCCACAAUAAAUGGCACAACGGUGACGGCACAAAUGCUGGCAACACCUACAACACUCAGCACGGAACUCGCCUGUGUGGUUGCCGACGCCGUUGAAGCAGCAGCUGGCACCUGUGUAGUUGGGCUGGGCCAGGCACUUGAGACCGCCGUAGGUGAUGGUGUUGCAAUGGGAGUUGCAACAGCUAACACUCUGUGUGGCAGUCAUAUAGGUGAGCUAACAGCACCAGCAACAGCAGCAACAACACUAUUAACACCGGAAAUGACAGCAAACGCUACAUGCAAUGGCAAAGGCAAUAACGGCAGCAACAAUAGCAGCAAUGACAGUACGACAAGCAGCAAUAGCAGUCGUGCGGUGGGGGCGUGCAGAAAAAUAAUUAAAUCGACAACAGCAACAACAAAAGCGAUAGAUGUAACGGUAACAACUGGUGCGACAGUGACGAAACCAAACGAUUGGGUUGUGAUUCCGGUAUUUGCGGAUAUUGUUAAAUUGGCAUUGGCCGGACGCGAGGAAUGCCUGCAGCGUUUGCCAAACGGUCACAUCAAUAUUAUGGCCUUCGAUCGCAUGGCGGCCAUUGUUGGCGCCUUCACCAAGCACAUGCAUGCCGUUAAGUCGCCAAACGAAGCACCACCUGGCGAGUAUAAGACCUUUUGCCAGCACAUGCAGCGCUCAUCGAAAUUGAGCGAAACGGAACUAAUGAUGGCUUCUUUCGAUUGCGAGGAACCCAACAAUGCGGAGAAGCUCAUGUAUGAUCUCAACUAGAAGAACUUGGAACGCACAAUAAACAAUUUUUAAAAGGGGAAUACAUUUUUCUGGAUUUAAAAUUGAUUUUUUACUACAUAUAUAUGUACUUAAAACAAUGAAAAUUAGAAUUUGGUGCAACAAUCGAAGAUCUAUAGUAUGACUUUUGGAACGACUCUCAUUCAACAACAUAGAGUUCUUUUUAUCCUCUUAGAAGGAAAGAACAAGUCUCUUUGGAAGCCUUCCGGAGAAUAUAUAAACUAUACGAACCUAAUUCAUGCAAUUUCGAAAUCGUUUACAUUGAUUCGUGAAUCGUUGUAAUAAAUGAACAAAGCGCUUUGAGCCGAUCCCUAAUUUUUUUGAGACAGCCAAUGUCACUUUUGACUAAAUACCUUCGACGAACCAGUUGAAGACUACCGAAGUCUCUUACAUUCUAUUGUAUGGAGUUUGUCUGGAAAGUAAUAUAAUUGAUUUUCUUCCACCGCGACUGUCGGGGCGUGCGCGCAACGAGUGGAUUCGAUAGAGGACGUUCUUAGCUAAUGAAGGAGUGAAUGAUCUGUUGUCUCCCACCAACUGAAGAGUCAGAAUAAAUAUUUUCGAGCGACGUGCUUCUGUGAGUAGUGCAAGCCGGAAAGACCUUUUUGGAGGGCCAGGAAGAGGUAACUG